AUGGCUGGUGUAGCGUAUAUCACUCUCCAACACUUCGUCGGGCUUUCUAUCGACCGAAAUACAAGCGUAGUAUCAGCUACCAGAGGCCGGGUUACCUUUUGUGAGGAAUACUUUUCACGUUUGAAAGACGGUCCGCUGUUUGUUGAUAUCUGCGACUCAACCCACGAGCUCAUGGUUAUUCCUGCGCGACCUCAAUAUGUCAAGCAGCGCGGUAUAUAG